AUGCGAAUCGUCAUGGAGAUGAAGACGGAAGCAGCGGAAGAAGAGGGAAAUGCACAGAGGCGACGGAGAGCGUUUCUCACACUGAAGCUGCACAAGCAUCCCAGGACUUGUAACAGAUCCCGGGGCUCCUGCAGCUCUCUGUUUACACAGCUCCUCACAGCGUGUGCUGAAGUGUCUGAUGAAGAGGAGCUAGAGCCGACCUCCACAAAGGCCCAGAAAAACAAACUGACCAAGAGGACAGAUGCGUGUGCUGAAGUGUCUGAUGAAGAGGAGCUAGAGCCGACCUCCACAAAGGCCCAGAAAAACAAACGGACCAAGAGGACAGAUGCGUGUGCUGAAGUGUCUGAUGAAGAGCAGCUAGAGCCGACCUCCACAAAGGCCCAGAAAAACAAACUGACCAAGAGGACAGAUGCGUGUGCUGAAGUGUCUGAUGAAGAGGAGCUAGAGCCGACCUCCACAAAGGCCCAGAAAAACAAACUGACCAAGAGGACAGAUGCGUGUGCUGAAGUGUCUGAUGAAGAGGAGCUAGAGCCGACCUCCACAAAGGCCCAGAAAAACAAACUGACCAAGAGGACAGAUGCGUGUGCUGAAGUGUCUGAUGAAGAGGAGCUAGAGCCGACCUCCACAAAGGCCCAGAAAAACAAACGGACCAAGAGGACAGAUGCGUGUGCUGAAGUGUCUGAUGAAGAGGAGCUAGAGCCGACCUCCACAAAGGCCCAGAAAAACAAACUGACCAAGAGGACAGAUGAAGCUUCUAGAAACCCAAAGAAACCCUGGAGUGAGGAGGAGAGCCGUGGAGAAGAGGAUGGAGAACUCCUCAUUCAUGCCCAGAGGGAAUUGAACCGUCACCCUGUGAUCAUCAGUCACAUGACCUCUGCCAACGAGGUGAUGAUGCAGAAGGUGCAGCAGCGCUAA